UGCCGCUCCCCAGGGCGCCACUACACGCUGAGCGUGGCCCUGCCCGGCUCCAUCCUCAACAACGCCCAGUCGCCGGAGCUGCGGACCUACCUGGCCGGGCAGAUCGCUCGGGCCUGUGCCAUCUUCUGUGUGGACGAGAUCGUGGUGUUCGACGAGCACGGAGAAGAUGUAAAGACUGUAGAGGGGGAUUUUGAAGGAAUUGGAAAGAGAGGCAAGGCUUGUGUGCAGCUGGCUCGGAUCCUGCAGUACCUGGAGUGCCCUCAGUACUUGAGGAAAUCCUUUUUCCCAAAACACGAGGAUCUGCAGUUUGCAGGGCUCCUCAACCCCCUGGACAGCCCCCACCACAUGCGGGUGGACGAGGAGUCGGAGUACCGAGAGGGGGUCGUGCUGGACCGGCCGACUAAGCCAGGCAGAGGCUCUUUUGUUAACUGUGGGAUGAGGAAGGAGGUGCAGAUCGACAGACAGCUGAAGCCUGGUCUGCGAGUCACCGUGCGCCUGGAGGAACCCCAGAACCCAGAAACCAAAGCUCGGAAGGGCAGCGUGGUGUCUGCCCAGCACCCCAGGACUGUCUCAGGCCUGUACUGGGGGUACAACGUCCGCCUGGCCUCCUGCCUGAGUGCUGUUUUUUCGGAGUGCCCAUUCAAGGAAGGCUAUGACCUCUCUAUUGGGACCUCAGAGCGGGGCAGCUCCGUGGACCAGGCCACUCUCCCCUCCUUCAGGCAUGCUCUUGUAGUCUUUGGAGGCCUUGAGGGCUUGGAGGCUGGCGUUGAUGUGGACCCAAACCUGGAGGUCACAGAUCCAAGCGUCUUGUUUGACUUCUACCUGAACACUUGUCCCAGCCAGGGCAGCAGGACCAUCCGGACAGAGGAGGCCCUGCUCAUCUCUCUGUCUGCGCUGAGACCCCACAUCGAUGAGGCUGUGAAGACACCCAGUGAUGGCUGA